UCGGACACUCUGAUGGCCACGUUGAUGAGACAUGUUGUCGAUCUCUGAAGAAGAUGGAGCAAAAUCAAUCUAGCGCUUUCUUCCGUUAUCAGUUAUCAGUGUCCGAUGGUCGUCAUUCCACACUGAAUCGCAUUCAUGAAUUCAUUCGUUAAAUAUGAUAGUUCGGAAAUAUCUUUACAAUAACUAUUUGAUAUGCGUUGAGCUAUCGUACUUCUACAAGGUCUAGUUUUCGAAAAGUUUUCUAUUUGUUUUUAAAAAGUGACCCAAUUCUCAAUAUUCUUCAGUGAUUUGUGUUUGUGAUAAUUUCGGGAAUUUGUUUCGUUAAGACGUACCUGAUUUUUUGUUCAAUAUAAUGGCUAAGUUCACUAGGAGACAGUGGUUGACUUUGGUAGUUAUAAGUAUUGCAGAUUUCUGUAAUGCAAUUUGUGUAUCGCUACAAGCACCUUUUUACCCUCAAGAGGCAGAAAGGAAGGGAUGCACAGCCACCGAGUAUGGUCUAGUCUUCGGCAUUUUCGAACUUAUCGUUUUCAUCAUUAGUCCAAUCUACGGCAAACACCUCAACAAGAUUGGGCCCAAGGUGACCUUCAAUGGCGGCAUCUACACCACAGGAGUUUGCGCCAUCUUGUUUGGUCUCCUCGACAAAGUGAAUGGACAUUAUCCGUUCAUCAUUCUCAGUUUCGUCAUAAGGAUCAUUGAAGCUCUUGGUAAUGCAGCUUUUCUCACAGCUAGCUUUGCGAUUAUAGCUAAAGAGUUUCCAGAUGCUGUAGCCACUACCUUUGAUGUUAAGCAUCAGAUACUUAUCACAGAAGCACGAAAUAAUGAGAACUCAAAAUUGAAGUAGGAUUAUAUUGUCCAUCCAGGAGUAACGAUAGUUAUCGUUUAUUUCCUGUUAAUAGUGAUCUCAGCUGUCUCAAGUUGAUUCAAAUAUUGAAAUUAGAAGAUACAUCUGCGUUUUGAAAACAAACUGCUUUGAAAGACACAUUGGUAUGCCAAUUCUGUUCAUGUGUAGAAUACUACUACUACUUACAAGAAAAACUAAUUCUGUUAUAAACGAACAAAUUAAAGCGACUGGAACGAAUUCAACUAGCUUAACAUUCAUUUGUCUAACUGGUUGCAUAUAUGCAUAGAUGUAUGGCCAUAAAUCUCAAAUUAUCCCAAACAUUAAAGGUACGCCUACGCAUCACUCAAAACUGAGAAAAGAAAUGAAUGUGUCAUGAAAAUUUUAAGAGAUAAAUAAACGGAAAAAAUACUAUUUAUUGUAUUGUGGCUGAAAGAAAAAUCCAAUUAUACAGAGUGUACCAAAAGUUAUGGAUCAAACGAAUGGGGCUGAUAGAGGGUCAUUUCCAAUCAGAAACAUAAUAUAU